ACAACAAACAACCCCCUAGCCGCAUGCAUGUUUCCACCCACUAGCAAUGAAGAAUUCCCCCACACAUACACUUGACUAAAAAAUAUGAACUUGUACACAAAGUAUAUAAAUAUAUUAGUUUCACUGAGGCAAUUGCCCAACCAGACAUGCAAUUUAGUCCUGGUUUGUGAUCAUCAACCUGUGGAGAUAGAAUAGAGAUGGGCAUGAGUAGUCCUUUUAUCGUUGCACUGUUCUUUUUCUUCAUCAAUUUGAGAUUAUUGAAGGGUGAUGAUCUAGGCUUGGGAGCUUCGUUUAUCUUCGGCGAUUCUUUGGUCGAUGCAGGGAAUAACAACUAUCUUCAAACCUUGUCCAGAGCCAAUGUCGCACCCAACGGGAUUGAUUUCCAAGCUUCUGGAGGAAGUCCCACCGGCCGCUACACCAAUGGCAGAACCAUAGGAGAUCUUAUCGGAGAGGAACUGGGACAGCCACACUAUGCCGUGCCGUUUCUGGCCCCAAAUUCCACCGGACAAGCCAUACUGCAUGGAGUGAAUUAUGCAUCUGGUGGGGGUGGAAUCAUGAAUGCCACUGGAAGAAUAUUUGUUAACAGGCUUUCAAUGGACAUUCAGGUUGAUUAUUUUGCCAUUACUAGAAACCAGAUCGACAAAUUGUUGGGUAAAUCCCAGGCAAGAGAUUAUAUAAUGAAGAAAUCCAUAUUCUCAAUCACAAUUGGAUCGAAUGAUUUUCUCAACAAUUACCUACUACCAGUCCUCUCAAUUGGGGCAAGAAUAUCCCAAACUCCAGAUGCUUUCGUUGAUGAUCUCAUCAACCAUCUCCGGGGCCAACUCACGAGACUUUAUCAGCUGGAUGCAAGGAAGUUUGUUGUGGGAAAUGUUGGACCACUUGGUUGCAUCCCUUAUCAGAAGACACUCAACCAACUAACUGAAGAUGAGUGUGUUGCACUGCCUAACAAGCUGGCACUUCAGUAUAAUUCCCGCUUGAAGGAUCUACUCACAGAGCUCAACAAAAACCUAUCCGGAGCCACAUUUGUUCACGCAAAUGUCUACGAUCUAGUGAUGGAACUCAUCCAAAACUAUGCCAAAUAUGGAUUUACAACAGCGAGUAGAGCAUGUUGUGGAAAUGGGGGCCAGUUUGCUGGAAUUGUUCCAUGUGGACCUUCGUCUAGUUUAUGUAAGGACCGUGACAAGCACGUGUUCUGGGACCCUUACCACCCCAGCCAGGCUGCCAAUAUUAUCAUUGCCAAACAGCUACUCCAAGGAGACCCCAAAUACGUAUCUCCAGUGAAUCUUAAACAACUCCGAGAUCUUUGAUGAUUGUAGUAUUUCUCGGAAGAUUUAUGCCCUUUUGGUUCUUCUCUGAAGAAUUAAUGGUGCUUUCUUGUUCUUCAAGUUUGUAACAUGUUUUCUUUUGUUUAGUUUUUGUUUCUUUGAUGGUUGGCUGUAGCACGUUGUUAGAGCCCAGAUACAAGCUUUACUGCAUGCCACAACAAAAGAGACAUUUAUCAGAUGAUAAUUUCGCAUCAAUAAUCAAAGGAUUUGAGUCUUGUCAA